UAUAUAUUUUGACAGGUGGCCCGAAUUUGUGGUUAAUGGCAGACAAAAGUUCAGUCUGGAUAUAUUCCAAAUUUGAGCCCUAAAAAAUACGGCACCGACAGAGGAAAGGAGGGAAAAGAAUCGCAUCUUGCCUGCAACUUAGCUUCGUCUGCACGUCUGGAAUUCCUUUACGCCUUUCAAAUCUUGCCAUUUUUUACCAGCUCGGUCGACGGAAGUCCUCAGAUCUUCAUCAUUUUGUUUCAUUUGGUUUGUGUUUUGUCAGAUCUUCAUCAUUUUCAUUUCAUUUGCAGUUGCAGCAACGCCAUGGCGGACUGGGCGCCUGUUGUAGUAGGCUUCAUAUUAUUCAUUUUGCUGUCGCCGGGACUGCUUUUUCAGAUUCCUGCAAAUGGCAAAACGGUGGCUUUCGCCAACUUCCACACCAGCGGCAAGUCCAUUGUUGUCCAUACGCUGAUUUUCUUCACUGUCUUUACUAUUUUGCUUUUGGCGAUAAAGAUCCAUAUUUACGCCGGCUAAAUGGCCGGAAUGCAGGGUUUACUGAUGUAUUUAGCAAGUUCGCUCAGAUUUUGUAGCUUUUUAUAAAUGUAAGGGCUUUGCUCUCCAUUGUGAUAUUUUGUCAUGUAAUAAACGUUUCCCUUUGGUGUGAAAUGGAGUCCAUUAUCUGGCAUUUUGGUGUGACAUGGAAAUGGAAUGUCUGUUUAGGGUUCUGAUGCGCUUUGGUGUUUCAGUUUCUGUAGUUAGGGUUUUUGAAACCAGAUGAUGUUACAGUCGCUUAAGUUAGGGUUUUGAGCUCGUGAUAUUAAAUGUAUGGAUUUGAAGUUUGUUGGAAAUAUAGUAACCGUCCAUUUUGAAAAGCAA